UAGAACCAAGGUCAGAUCCAGGACCAGAGGCAACACUGCAACUAGAACCAGAAUAAGGACCACAGACCAGGGGCAGCCCAGUCCACCAUGUCAGAACCCAUCAGAAGAAAAAGCUCCAGCAGACAGCUCCUGCAGAACCUCAUCAGGGUGACGGCCCAGCGGAGCCAGGAGGACGCUGAGGAGGUGGAGCGGGAGCGAAGGAGGAGAGCCAGGGAGAAGGAAAAAGGAGAGAGGAGCCCCUCUUUUCCAGAGCCGCCGCAACACAACAAUCUCACAAACAACACAGAGUUGGACAAGGAGCUGAAGCCCAGUUGCUGCUUGGUUCUGGAGGAGGACGAGGGCUUCAGCGACUGGAGUCACAGGUUGGAGAAUCGUAAUGAGCAAGAGGUGCCGGAUGACUGCAAGGCCCAGGUGCAGGGACUUUCAACACCGCAGCAGAAACCAGAGGCUGAAGAGGAGAAACAGCAGGAGGAUGAAGAGGAGGAGGGAUGUGAGCCACAACAAAGUGGAUGGUCAGUGGAAGCUUCAACAAGACCUCCAGAGAAGAUGUCCAGCAACAGAAAGGAAGUCAGGAUGUCAUACAGCUCAACGGUCUUCUUGCCACAGGACACCAGGCUGCAGCACGCCAUGGGCCAAGCAGCAGACAGGGCGUCCUAUCUGGUGGCGGGGACAAUGAGACCACGUGGGGGGGCCUGCAGGUUGGAUGGGGAGGUGGAGCGGGAGGAGCGUAAGGAAGAGGACGAUGUGCAGGCUGCUCUGCAGAGGGACUGGAGGCCAGCAGAUAUACAACAGAACCCCAGAGAUGAAGACGAUCAGGAGGAAGAAGAACUGAGCUUUACACGUGAGGAGAAAGAAGACUUCCAACUCAGAAGGAGGUCAGUGGCAGGCAGGAGUGAGGAGGGGAACAGAAGAUCUACAGUCUCUCUUUGCAGCAGCAUCGAAGGCGAGGAGCCGUUAAACAGUUACGGUCCCAUGAGCCCGACAUUCAAGAAACUCCUCAUUCAGUUUUACCCAGAUGAAGUGAACAGCAGAGUCUCAACAGACACUAAAUGCAUGAUCAUAGAGAGAACUGAGUCUCUGAGGAAAAGCACCAGCAACAUAAAGAAGACGCUGCCACCUGCAGCUGUUUCCAAGAUUGACAAGAAACUUGAGCAGUACGCACAUGCUCUUGAGAUCUCCUCAAAGGAAAGCAGAUCAGGCAGCCAGGUGCUGACGGACAUGACGAGUCCCCCUGAACCCGUCUCCUCUAAGAAGAACCUGUUUGAGGCCGGAGAAGCCUGGAACCAAAACGCUAUCUCAGUCACACCAUCUAAGGAUGCAGAUGGUUUGAAAGUCGGUGUUGCAGAUCUCAUCAAUCAGUGGGUGAAAGGAAGUGAAGAUGGAAGCAGGUGUAGCUCUCCCUCCAAACCAGGAGACAGCUCCAUGGGUAAAAGAUAUAAGUUUGUGGUGACGGGCCAUGGCAAGUAUGAGAAGGUUUCUGUUGACUACGGCUGCAGUGAAGAUGCAAACUACCAGUCAGCUGGACAGUUCUAUGAAGAUUUGUGAAACGCAGGCUGGACGUCUGAAUUGCGAAAUAAAUCUUUUAUACUUUGAUACACAAAUUUUAGCCACUAUUGCUUCACCAUUCUUUGUAUUUCAAGCUUUAGGUUGGAAAUGUAUUUAAAUUCUGUUGUAAUGAUAACAUUCCCGGGACAUUUUACAAAAGGCAGUGAUGCAAACAUUGAGUCUUUUUCCUGUUUAUACUGGACAAGUAUUUCCUUUUAUCCUGCGAAUAAUAAUCUCAAGGUAUUUCAGCAGUAGUAAAUCUUUUUAGACAAUAAAAUAACUUCAAUUACACCGGUGUUGGAUUCCUCAGUACAUUAGCUGUUUAAGUUCGCCUUCCCUUGUCAUUUACUGUGUAGGUGAUCUUCUACCCUGUUCCCAGUAUAGUGUAUUC